AUUCACAGUCCUAUAACUAAAUGCUACAAGUUCAAUACAGCUAUCAAUUUCAAACAAAAAAACUAAAGACGCGGUCGAAAACAAGCCCGGAUAUUCAACUUAUACCGAACGACAUAGAUUUUGAACCUCCAGAAUGUCCGCGUCGAUCGUGAAGCGACCCGUGAGAAUAUGUGGAGUAAGCGGCUCUGUGCUGGACCGGCGUCAUGGAUUCAAAAUGGCAGCAGAAGCUGAAGAGCAAAUUGAUGUCAUCAUUGGUGACUGGAUGUCUGAGGGGAAUAUGGUCUCUGCUGCUUUUCGCAAGUUGGGCCGAACAGACGACGGGCAGGGAGAUCCUGGAUAUGAAAAGUCAUUCCUACCAUCUAUUGCGAGCUCCCUACCGACAAUCGCCCGAAAGGGAAUCAAGGUAGUUGUGAACGCUGGCGCUAGUGAUCCAGAGGCUCUCUCCGUCGCAGUAUCUGAGGUCGUUCAGAAACAAGGCCUGAGUCUCAACACAGCCUGGGUCACUGGGGACGAAGUUAUCGACCAGAUUCGCGAUGGCCUGAGACGCGGAGAGCCGGUGCUCUACAGUCUCGAGACACAUGAACCUCUCCGGUCCCUACCAGAGGACAUCGUCUACGCCCAGGCUUACUUGGGAGCUGCUGGGAUCUCCGAGGGGCUUCGUCAAGGUGCCGAUAUUGUCAUUUGUGGCCGUGUCGCAGACGCCAGUCUUGUAGUAGGAGCGGCAAACUGGUGGCAUGGAUGGACGCGCGAUCAGCAUCAGCAACUCGCUUCUAGCCUUGUGGCCGGCCAUCUGAUCGAAUGUUCCACUUACGUGACGGGGGGGAACUUCUCAGGCUUCAAGUCUGUUCCAGGUCUAGGAAACCUAGGCUUCCCCAUCGCGGAAAUCAGCCAUGAUGGAGAUAUCAUCAUCACUAAAUUGGCAAAAACAGGGGGACACGUAACUACAGAUACCGUCACGGCACAGCUUCUCUACGAGAUCCAAGGCCCUCUCUACUUCAACUCAGACGUCACAGCCCGACUUGACAAUAUAUCCCUAACACAACUCGGCCUCGAUCAAGUCCGCGUCCAGGGAAUUGGUGCCCUACCACCUCCACCAACGACAAAGGUCGGCCUUACCGGGAAACGACGAUACAAAGCCGAAAUCCACUGGUCAUUAGUUGGCCUAGACAUUGCUGAAAAGGGAGAGCUGCUCAAAGCCAAUAUCUUGACCAGUCUAGGACAAGAAGCCAUAUCGCGUAUCUCUCUGCUCAAGUUCGAUACCUAUGGCGUGUGUCCCGAAAACCCAGACUCACAGAAUGCGGCUACAGUCGAUUUUAGAGUAUUUGCACAAGCUGCGUCGAGAGAAGCUCUAUCGCCAGAGUUCUUCUUGCAGCCAAUACUGAAUGUGAUCAUGUGCUCAUAUCCCGGAGCAACAAUGCAACCGUCCCUCGCAUCCGCACUCCCCCAACCAUACAGUGAAUACCACGUUACACUCAUCCCACAGAACAAACUAAACCACACAGUCCACAUCAACGGACAACCACACCCUAUCCCACCCCCUCCUCUCACACAAACCUACCCACCAGAACAAAAAAGCCACGACCCCCUCAACCCCCCCGACAUAAGCAGCUUCGGCGAGACAAUCCCAGGUCCAAUCGGAUGGAUCGUCCACGCCCGCUCCGGCGAUAAAGGCUCCAACGCCAACGUCGGCUUCUGGGCCCGAGACGACGAAGAAUAUACCUGGCUUUGUAGUUUUCUAACGGUUCGCCGGAUCCAGGAGCUAUUGGGAGCGGAGUAUAAACCAGGGAGUCGAAUUGAACGGGUUGAGUUUCCUGGCCUGCGCGGUGUUCAUUUCGUGUUAAAUGGACAUUUGGAUCGUGGUGUGAAUAGUACGAGUACAUAUGAUAUUUUGGGGAAGAAUGUGGCUGAGUAUUUGCGUGCGAGAUAUGUGCCGCUGCCGAAGAAGUUUUUGGUUAAAGGGAAGAUUUGAUGAAAUCUUAUCUAUGUGUGCAUGAUUCGGCGAGCGGUAAAUACUAUCGAGGGGUGAAAUGGCCGAAGAGAAUGGGCAUAGGGGUCAAUAUCAUAGCAAAUCCGUAGGGAUGUCAUGGUUAGAAGAAUGGAACUCUCAUUACUAUUGACUUUUCCCUUAUCAGCUCUGGUCUAUCAAUCUAUAUAAGACAUGUCUGGCGGUGGCGAAAGUUCCGGUGAUAAAGCCGGGAAGUAUACUGGCCU